GCCCGCGAGCCAGAUGGGCCUCCCGCAGCGGCCUCAGCGGGCACCCUUCGGCAUGGAGCUGCCGCUGGAGCAGCCUCAGGGCCAGCACCCGCAGCAGCAGGUCGGCCAGCACUUCGCGCAGGACCCAGCCCGGCAGCAGGGCCGCCAGCGCCAGCAGCCCCCGCAGGCCUUCCAGCAGGGGCCGCAGGACCAGCAGUCGAUGCAGCAGUUCCAGAUGCAGCAGCAGCAACAGCAGCUGUUGCAAUUCCAGCAGCAG